AUGAGAAGGAGUGCACGUAAAGGAAGAAGGAGGGUGAUAGGAUUAGGGAGUCACGUGGGUAGGGAGUCCAAGAGGGUAUCCCCCAAGAAGUCAUGCCUCGGUUAUCGACAGACAUCCUGUUUCAAGGAAUACUAUGAGGAGGACAAUAUUGGGUUCCAUUAUGAGGUUGGGGAGUUAUCCAGAGCUCCUCCACUUGUUCAUAUUCUUGGGACCCCAGUGGAGGACGUUAUAUUUGUUUUGGUUCCACAUAGAUCACAUCAUUUUGAUAGGAUAUACACUAUGGAGGAGGUGAUGUGGUCACUGAGGAGUAAGGUUCGACACCUAACCGAUAGGAUUUUGAUUUUGGAGGAGGAUUGUGACAUCGAUGAGAUGAUCCUUCAGCAUUCCAAUGAUCAGUCUGAGGAUGCACCAUCCCAGGUUCAGGCACUACAGGUUUAG